GUCAGCUGUCAGAAGUUAAUAAAAAAAUUCAGAAAGUGUAGUAGUGAUUGCAGUCAAAACGCAUUUAAAAACCACAUCCAAACUAAUUACAUUCGUUCAUCAAUUACGAUUUGAAGAAAAAAAGUUAUUUCUGCAACGCGCAAUUUGUUUUGUUCCGAUCAAUGACCAAUAAUUCGUCAUCCGAACGACCACCGUUCCACCCUAAAGCCAAUAUUGUGUUGUAGGAUCUUUUUAUUUUGAAUAUUGCUUGCACAAUUCUCGAAAUGACUGAUCAUCAGACGUUUGACGAUAAGCCCAAUGAAGAUGAUGACUGGAAAUCAAAAUUCUCGAUUCUGGAACAUGACAAUAAGAAAUUGCACGAUGAGUUCAACAUUCAACGAGCUAAAAUGAAAGAUUUGUUUAUCCUGAAAGAGAGUGAAUGUAAAAAAUUGGCCGAAGAGAAUGAGAAACUAAAAGAAGAUUUAAAUGAAAUCAAAAGUCAAGUUCUGGUCGCUGAAUACAAACGAGAAUCGGAUAUUCAACGACAGGAUCGGCGAGCGCAAGAAGAAAUUGCUUCAUUGCAACAGUUAGUUCAAGAAACAAUUGAAGAAGCUAGUAGCGCCAAAAGUGAAAUCGAUAGACUUCGUGACGAAAUUGAGAAAAUCAAAUUUGAAAAUAGUGAACUACGAGAUGCUGUUCAUUCGCAACAGCAGGACACGCCAAGUUUAUUACCCGUGAUAAACAAUGUGAAGAAAACUAUAGCUAGAAAGUUAGGUGCCGAUUCUGGCGCAAGCAAUGACUAUUUAGAAGAUUCAAUGAGGAAGGUAAACAAAUAUGCUCAAGAAGAUGCUGAAGUGCUUCGAUCGCUGGUUGUCCCGUUAGAAGAAGAAAUUAAGGCGUUGAAGGAAAAGCUUCGGACCACUGACGAAGAACUACAGAGUUUCCGCGGUGCAUCGAAACCGGUGAAUGAAUCAGCUUUGAUGGGCAUGAUUUCUCAACGUGAUAACAGUAAUCCGAAUGCGACGAAUACGUCGUGUGAAACUUGUGCAGAUUAUUUGUCGAAGAUAACUAAGGUGGAAGGUGAAAUUGUAGAAGAGAAGCGAAGUCACGAAUCAACGAAAAGGGACGUGCUGCGAUUAAAAGAAGACCUGGAUCGCGAAGGAGCACUCCGGCAAGAUUUAGAGAAUCAGUGGCAGGAGAAAAGGGAAAUACACAAGCUCGAGGUGGAGAAAUUAACGGAAAAAGUGGAAAAUGGUGAACGGGAGGUGGCACUGAUGCAACGUCAUUACGCUGACUUCAAAGACGAUAUCAACCAAGAAUUGAUGAAAUUGACGAUGGAACGAGAGAACAUCCAUCGUCACUUGGACAAAAUGCACAGUGACAAUGAGUUUUUAUGCGGCAAGUACCUGGCUACAUCGCAAGAAUUGCAAAAUCAACGCAUUGAUCUACCCAACAAUGUGGAAGAUCUGCAGGAAUUGCUGUUGCAAUAUCAUGAAAAUUUAAUCGAGGCAAGGGUGGGUUGUGAACAUCAGCAACGCGAGAGUAUGAGUUUGUUGGACGAAGCACAAUUACUUCGGGAUCGAUUGAAUGACAUGAACAAUGAGCGUCAAGCGUUUGAGAAGGAUGUAACAACCAAAUUUAAAUCUCUAGAAUCACAGUUCAAAUAUUCAGAAUCGGAGCGAGAUAAGCUCCUGAAAUUGAACGAUGCAUUGGAGAAAAAGGAUAUGGAAUUUCGUAAACAAGCAUCCGAAUUUCGUGUGCAAAUUAUCGAACUUCGAGAGGCAAAUGACAAAUUUGAGAAGCUAAACAAUGACUUGAAGAUAAAAUUGAGUGUUCUGCAAACAGAAUUAGGAAAUAGCGAGGCCGUUCAAAAAGAUUUCGUGCGACUGUCUCAAUCCUUACAAAUGGAAUUGGAAAAAAUUCGUGCCGCCGACACAGCGGUACGUUGGCAGGACGACGAAGAUAUUGAAAAUUGUCCCAAUUGCAAGUUGGCAUUUGCUGUGACCAGAAGGAAGCAACACUGUCGCCACUGCGGUACAAUUUACUGUGAAAAGUGUUUGACGAAAUUGGUUCCAUCGGGGCAGCGGAACAAACCUGCUCGUGUCUGUGAUGUUUGCCAUACGCUGUUGGUACGGAAUACAGCGCCGUAUUUUAGCCAAGCUCCGCCUCAAUCGCCAACAUAAGUUACAAAUGUAAAAUGUGAAAUGUAAAUCGAAAUAUUUGUUUAUUGCUAAUUCAUAAUGUUCAAAGACAU